ACAAAAAAAGAAGCAAUGUCUUAUUCUUCCCUCAAAUUGCCAAUCUUUCUCAUUCUCUCCUCUCUUCUCCAAGCCGCUUUAGGGGAAGAAAUUGUUUGCGAGAAUCUGCCCACGAAUAUCUGCGCGUUCUCAAUAUCGGCUUCCGGGAAAAGAUGUUUAUUGGAGACAGCUAACGUCGCCGGAGAAUACAUUUGCCGGACUUCGGCGGUGGAGGUGGAAGGGAUUGUAAACCACGUGGAGAGCGAUGCUUGUGUAUCCGCUUGUGGAGUUGAUCGGAAAACCGUAGGGUUCUUGUCGGACACAAUGAUGGAGGCAGGAUUCGCCGCUAAGCUUUGCUCGCCGGCUUGUUUGGACUAUUGCCCGAACAUUGUUGAUAUCGCCGGUGGAGGUGCAUUUUUACCUGCUCUGUGCGAUGCUCAACGGAUAAAUCCCCACCGUUCAAUGCUGGAAGCCGACGUCAGCGCCGGCCCUGACUCCGAUGCCUCACCCCCUGACGAAGCUCCGGGUCCUGAUGAAGCUCCGGGUCCUGAUGAAGCUCCGGGUCCUAUGUAA